AUGCUCCUCCCGCGCCUCCUCCUCCGCCGCACCACCAGCACCAUCGCGCGAUCCACACCCCGCCAAUGCGUCAAGCUCGCUGCCAGUACGACCCAGCAGCGGUUCUUCGCGGCUGCAGCGCCGCCGGUGGAGGGCGCAGAGCUCGACAGGACACCGCUGGACGCGCUGCACAGGCGCAAUGGCGGCAAGAUGGUCCCGUUUGCGGGAUACUCGAUGCCCGUGCUGUAUGAGGGCGUGGGCGUGGGCGAUAGCCAUCGGUUUGUGAGGGAGAAGAGCGGCUUGUUUGAUGUUUCGCAUAUGGUCCAGCGUCGCUUCGAAGGCCCCGGCGCCCUACAAUUCCUACAAACCAUCACCCCCACCGACCUCACCGUCCUCGAACCCAACCAAUCCACGCUCUCCGUCCUCCUGCACCCCGUCACCGGCGGCAUCGUCGACGACCUCAUCAUCACCCCCGAGAACCCCUCCUCCGUCUACGUCGUCACAAACGCCGCCUGCAAGGGCAAAGACAACUACUACUUGACCCACCAACUCGCGCACUUCAACACCAACAGCCCCGGCGCCGACGUGAGCCACACCGUCCUUGCGGACCAAGGCCUCAUCGCCCUGCAGGGCCCGCUCGCAAAGGAUGUCCUGCAGGAAUACAUCGACUCCACGCCCGCGCGCGGGAAGCUCGACCUCAGCACGCUGUACUUUGGCUAUGCCACCACCGUUGCCGUCCCGCUCGGCGCCGGCAACAUAGAGGAGCUGCAUAUUGCGCGCGGCGGCUACACGGGCGAGGACGGGUUUGAGAUCUCGAUCUCGCCGCGCAAUACUGAGGCUGUGACGCAGGCGCUGCUGGACGUUGGCGCGAGGGGGGAUAGGGUGAAGCUGACGGGCCUGGGCGCGAGGGAUAGUCUCAGGCUGGAGGCGGGGAUGUGUUUGUAUGGCCAUGAUAUCGAUGAUAGUACCACGCCUAUUGAGGCGGGGUUGAAGUGGCUGGUGGGGAAGAAUAGGGUUAUGGAAGGCACAUUCAACGGCAUCGAGACAAUCUCGCGCCAAUACAACGACUGGAAACAAGUCACCCGCCGCCGCGUCGGGCUCAUCGUCGACGGCGCGCCCGCGCGCGAGGGCGCAGAGAUUCUCGAGAAGGGCUCUGACAACGUCAUUGGCAAAGUAACGUCCGGCUGCCCGUCGCCAACACUGGGGCUCAAUAUCGCGAUGGGAUACGUCCAGAGCGGCUUCCACAAGAGCGGCACGGAGGUGGGUGUCAAGGUGCGCGGGAAGGUCCGUGGGGGGAAGGUGACGAGGAUGCCGUUUGUGGAGACGGGGUAUUAUAAGCGUCCUUAG